AUGGUUAUUAUUAGUGAAGAACAAUUGGAAUAUGCAGCUAAAAAUUCUCUUUGGAGACCUCAGCUUGAAAAGGAUGCUUGUGGAGUUGGUUUCUGUGCCUCGGUAAAAGGGAUUCAAACUCAUGAGAUUCUCAAGGCUGGACGUGUAAUGCUUGAACGGAUGGCUCAUCGUGGUGCAUGUGUUGGUGACAACGACUCAGGUGAUGGAGCAGGUGUUAUGACAGCAAUUCCAGAUGACCUCUAUCGUGAAGACAUUAAAAGGACUAAUGAUAUUGACCUUCCUCCUCUUGGACAAUAUGCAACUGGAAUUCUCUUUCUUUCGCCCGAAUCAUACAAACAAGCAAAGGAGUCCUUUUCCGAUUUGGCGCGUGGUUGCAAACUACAAGUGCUCGCUUGGAGAAAAUUAAAAGUUAAUUCUGAUCACUUGGGAAGAGAAUCAAGAAAAACUGAACCUUUGAUGCGACAAGUUUUUGUAACAAGCGACUUUGCUUCAAAUCAAAAACGUUUUCAUCAAGCUAUUUAUUUAUUACGUAAACAGACGACAAUUAGAAUGUUACAGCAAGGAGUUAGUUGCUAUGUUGUUUCUCUUUCUGCUACCACAAUUGUUUAUAAGGGUCAAUUCACUUCUCAUCAGCUUUUUCUUUAUUAUGAUGAUUUACAGAAUCCUAAAUUUGUAACACAUUUGGCAAUGGUUCACUCAAGAUUUUCUACUAAUACAUUCCCAAGUUGGAGUAGGGCACAACCAAAUAGAAUGUUGGCUCACAAUGGAGAAAUUAAUACACUUAGAGGGAAUAUCAACUUUAUGAAGGCUAGAGAAGGAAUUAUGAGUUCUCGUGAAUAUGGUGAAAGCAUUCACAAACUUUAUCCUGUGGUAGAAAAUGAAAUGACUGAUUCAGGUUCUUUUGACAAUGUGUUAGAGUUUCUUGUGCAUGCUGGCAAUCGUUCAUUACCUGAAGCAGCAAUGACAAUGGUCCCAGAGGCUUGGGAAAAGGACGAGGAUAUGAAUCACGAAAAAAGGAUUUUCUAUCGGUGGGCAGCUAUGCAAAUGGAGCCCUGGGAUGGACCAGCUCUUUUGGCAUUCAGCGAUGGACACUAUAUUGGCGCUAUUCUCGAUCGAAAUGGUCUCAGACCAGCAAGAUAUUGCGUUACUGCUGAUGACCAUAUUUAUUUGGCUAGCGAAGUUGGUAUAAUUGAUUUGCCUGCCGAAUGUGUCGUUAAGAGGGUGGGUUUAUUUUUUUAUACAAAUUUUAAAUUUAAUUUAUCAAAAUUUAAAAAGUACUUUUAUUACAAAAUAUAA